CGCGCUUCAGCUCCGAGCGCUGAGGAUCCGCCUCGAGCCGGCUCAUGGGGGGCUUGCAGAGUUUCCUUUCAGCUUUCUUCGGAGAGGAGCCCGCUUUAGGGUCAAGCAUGGUAAUGGAUGAGGUCAAUUUGAUGAUCCCCAUCAGUAAAGAUGCCUAUGAAGCUCUUAAGAGAAGAGACAACUGUCUAAAUUACCUUGUUUCCAAGAAGUUUGCUUGUACGUUGGCCUUCAGAAAAGCAAAAAAAAGCACUGUUGAAGUAUACAGGAAAAAAGUAAGGUUGGGCAUUGACAUUUGUGUUUAUAAGGAUGAUCUCACAAGACACAAGGUCGAUGCUGUGGUGAACGCAGCCAAUGAGUAUCUUGAUCAUGGAGGAGGUCUUGCUCUUGCCCUUGUAAAAACUGGAGGGCCAGAAAUAAAAGAGCAAAGCGAGCUUUUUAUUCAAAUAAAUGGGAAAGUCGAAGUUGGCAAUAUAGCAGUGACAGGUGGAGGGAAGCUUCCUUGUAAGGAAAUUAUUCAUGUAGUUGGUCCAAAGUGGAAUCCUUAUGAAAAGGAUAGAUGUUGUUACCUACUUCGGGAAGCUAUUUGGAAUGUUCUGCGAUAUGUUAGUGCUCCAUUGAAAGCUUUACAGUCUGUGGCUAUCCCAGCAGUGAGUUCAGGUAUCUAUGCCUUCCCAGUUGACUUGUGUUCUCAAGUGAUUGUAAUGGCUGUAAGGGAAUUUGUUGAGGCAAGUCCACCAAGCUGUCUCAGGGAAAUCCGCCUGGUGAACAUUGAAGAGUCUACAGUUGCAGAAAUAAAGAAGGCCUGUGAAAAGUUCCUGGGUGAUACCAGUUCAGUACUUGAGGACAUGGUCUCAGCUUCAGCGAGUCAGUUUCCAGCUCACCUCAAAUGUGGGAACAUGCGCUUGCGCAUCAUAAAACAACACGCUGAAAAUCUGAAGAAUACAGCCAUUGUUAACCCCCUGAAUGCAAACGGUGAGCCUUCCUCUCAAUCAUCAAGACGACUGCUAGAAAAAGAGGGUCCAGCUUUUCAGAAGGAACUUAAGCAGCAUCUUAAAUAUCCAACACUUUUUAAGGACCCCUUAGUAACCAAAAGGCGUGAGCUGCCCCCUACAUUUGUACUGUACGUGACAUUGAAAUGCCAGCAUCCGGUGUUACAGUGUGAGGAAUUGAAGGAUGCAGUGAAAAGAUGUCUGGGUCAUUUUCAGGAACCCUCAUCUCCCUCAGUUUCUUUUCCAGUUAAAUGGUCACCAGUGCUGCCUGUUGACAUCGUGGCAGAGACCAUGAUUGAAGCAGUUUUAAAUUUUGCCAGGGAACAUCCUACAAAGAAGAGAGAAGUGCAGUUUGUCAUUUGCCCAGAUGACGCUGAUGCCUAUGAGGUUGUCCUGAGAAAAUUGUACUCAGCAAAAUACAAACUGGAAAACAGAAGUGAUCCUUUGAGUACAGAGUCAGGCAGUCAGACUGCAAAAGAGACUGCAAGCAGUGAACCCGUGAUUGAACUUAGAGGGAGCACACCCACAGCACUGGGAGCAGCAGAAUCAUGGCUCCAAAAUGUAGUGCAAAUUCAGGGAGGUCGCCAUGCUGUUAUUGAAAACAACUACAUUUUUUGCCUUGGUAAAGAGGAGUUUGCAGAACUCUCUCUCAAGCAACCUUCUAGUGUAUCUGUGUCAGAAGAAGUGAGAGAUGGACAAGCAGUACUGAAAUUGCAGGGGCCUCCUGAUGUUUUGAUUGAUGUGGUGCUUGCAACUGAAGAAUUACUGCUUCGUAUGCAAGAGAAGACUACAGCUGAGAAAGAGAAACUGCUCUACUCAAUGUGCCUACCAGAAGCAGACCAGCUUUCAGAAGGAGACAUCCACAUUUCACUGGUAGAAUGUCACCUCCAGGAGUUUAAAGACAGACAGAAAGAGUUUGAAAAAGCUGGACUUCGUAUUCUCAGGAUUGAAAAGGUACAUAAUCCAGUUCUAUCUGCUGCAUUCCAACAAAUGAAAAAAAGUGUAGAUGGUAGCUCCAAAACAACUAACAGGUUGUACCAGGAUGUUCCUGCUGACUUCUGUUCCUCAGUUUGCCAAACUGGAUUUCACAGGAUGUAUUCUCCACCAAAAGAACAAAAAUAUGGAGCUGGCAUCUACUUUACAAAGAACCCGAGGAACCUGACCAAGGCUAAAGCUACAUGGGAAAUGGAUUCUAAAAUGUACGUGUUUGAGGCUGAUGUAGUAACUGGCUCAUACACUACAGGCCGCCCAUCUUGUAUUAUGCCACCAGUAAUGGACAAGAAUACCCUUACAUUAUUCGACAGUUUAGUGGAUAAUUUGUAUAGUCCUGAGAUCUUUGUCAUUUUCAAUGGCUUUGCAGCCCUUCCACGGUAUUUGCUGACUUGUUCCCCAGUGACUGAGAGGUAUGUAGCUCCUGGAGGAAACAAGCAGGAUCCUCAGUGGAAAUAAAGCAGAACUGUAGCUAUGGUGGAGACCCUCUGAAAGCAAAGUCUAGUGCUUAAAUUUAAGAGGAUGCUGAAAAGCACUCUGAAAUAUUAAUGAACAAAAGAGUAAGUUAAUAAGGAGAUUAGGACAAAUUUGCCUGUGACUGGAUGCAGAGGGGAAAGCAUCCAAAAAUACAGUAUAACAUUUAGCAUUAACAUUUAACAUACCUGGUCAUUUACCUAAUUCCUUAAAGUGAUCUCAGCUUAUGACUAUAUGCUUGAUGUUUGUGUAGGCUGUCAUUCUUCCACUGCAUUUUCUUAAUCUGAGAUAUUGCAGAUGUCAGGGAAACACAAGAAAUCUUGGUUGUGCCUUUUGAGUCAAGUUUUCUUUUGACUUAAGGUAGGAGAAUGUAGUAGAUGAGAGCUGUUUUCUACUUAGGGACGUGCUAUUAUAUACAGUUUUAACAAACCUGAGACAAU